GCUGACGUGCGGCGGCCGCCGCGAGGCCGGCGGGCGGCGGGGGGAGGGGAGCAGGCCGCGCGCGCUCGCGCCCCGCCGCCCGGCCCAGGCUGUGAUUGGUGCAGGCCCGGGCCCGGCGGCCCCGAAUGCCAGGCCGCGGCGGAGCAGUCCUGCGGGCCGAGCCGCCCCCCGCUCCCGGGCCCCGGCGCGGCCGCCCGGCGCGGGGACCCGCACAGUUAUUUGUGAAUGAACUUAACUGAAUAUGGAUCCAGGUGGUGGAAGUCUUGGAUUGCAAACACAAGAAUCCAAAAUGCCUCACACUAUGAUUAUGCAGGAUUUUGUGGCUGGAAUGGCUGGUACUGCUCAUAUUGAUGGAGACCACAUUGUUGUCUCAGUCCCUGAAGCUGUCCUAGUGUCUGAUGUUGUUACCGAUGACGGAAUAACUCUCGAUCACGGCUUGGCAGCUGAAGUUGUCCAGGGACCAGACAUCAUCACUGAAACUGAUGUUGUAACAGAAGGUGUAAUUGUUCCUGACUCCGUUUUGGAAGCUGAUGUUGCUAUUGAAGAAGCUUUAGAUACCAGUGAUCAUGUUUUGACUUCUGAUCUAAUAACAGAAACAGUUCAGGUUCCUGAUCAGGUGUUUGUGGCUGACCUGGUUACGGGUCCUGAUGGACACUUGGAGCACGUGGUGCAAGACUCUGUGUCAGGAGCCAACUCGCCUACAAUGGUUUCAGAAGAAGUUCUUGUGACGAACUCUGAUUCUGAAGCAGUCAUCCAAGCAGCUGGUACUGUUCCCGGCUCCACGGUGACUAUAAAAACAGAAGACGAUGAUGACGGCAAAAGCACAUCUGAAGACUACUUAAUGAUAUCUUUGGAUGAUGUUGGAGAAAAGUUGGACCAUAUAGGAAGCACUCCUUUGAAAAUUAGUACUGAGGUGACAAACGAUGAUGUUGCUAAAGAUGACGGGUUUGGUUCGGAAGUUAUCAAAGUGUACAUAUUUAAAGCUGAGGCUGAAGAUGAUGUCGAAAUAGGUGGGACAGAAAUUGUCACAGAGAGUGAUUUUCACAACGGGCAUCCUGUAGCUGGAGUCAUUGAACAAGGAGGUGUUGGUAGAAUGCAGCGAGAAAAGAUGGUUUACAUGGCUGUUAAGGACUCUUCUCAGGAAGAUGAAGAUAUUAGCUGUGCUGAAAUAGCAGAUGAAGUUUAUAUGGAAGUUAUUGUAGGUGAAGAAGAAGCUACAUCACUUCCAGACACACAGCUUGAAGACUCUGGCGUGAACAAAACUUUUGUCCCUGUUGCUUGGGCUGCUGCCUACGGAGACGAAAGAAGGCUACCCAGAAGAUACGAAGAUGGUCAAGCGGCAGGAAAUAACUUGGAUACACGAUUAGAAAACAAAAACGGUAAUGCAACACAAUACCUGCAGAUUUGUGAUAGCAUUAGCACUAAUAGAGUGCUAAAACAAAAAACCAAGAAAAGGAGGAGAGGAGAGGCCAGGCAAUGGCAAACAGCUGUUAUAAUAGGUCCUGACGGACAGCCCUUAACAGUUUACCCUUGUCAUAUUUGUGGGAAAAAAUUUAAAUCCAGAGGAUUCUUGAAAAGGCACAUGAAGAAUCAUCCAGAUCAUAUGAUUAAGAAGAAAUACCAGUGCACAGACUGCGACUUUACAACUAACAAAAAAGUAAGUUUCCACAAUCACCUGGAAAGCCAUAAACUUAUAAACAAAGUUGAUAAAACCCACGAGUUUACAGAAUAUACAAGAAGAUACAGAGAAGCGAGCCCCCUGAGUUCUAAUAAACUAAUUCUGAGGGACAAGGAGCCCAAGCUGCACAAGUGCAAAUAUUGUGACUAUGAAACUGCAGAGCAGGGGCUGCUCAACAGACACCUGCUCGCGGUUCACAGCAAGAACUUCCCUCACGUGUGCGUGGAGUGCGGGAAGGGAUUCCGGCACCCGUCGGAGCUGAAGAAGCACAUGAGGACGCACACGGGGGAGAAGCCGUACCAGUGCCAGCACUGCGCCUUCAGGUGUGCCGAUCAGUCCAACCUGAAAACUCACAUCAAAACCAAACACGGGACUGAUCUGCCCUUUAAAUGUGAGCACUGUCCCCAGGCGUUUACAGACGAAAAAGAACUGCAGCAGCACAUGGAGUUAUUUCAAGGGCAUAAGACUCACCAGUGUCCACACUGUGACCAUAAGAGCACUAACUCAAGUGACCUGAAGCGACACAUUAUUUCGGUUCACACAAAGGAUUUCCCUCACAAAUGCGAGGUAUGUGAAAAAGGCUUCCAUCGUCCGUCGGAGCUCAAAAAGCAUAGUGAGACCCAUAAAGGUAAAAAGAUACAUCAGUGUAGACACUGUGACUUUAAAACAUCAGAUCCCUUUGUACUUAGUGGGCAUAUCCUCUCAGUUCACACCAAGGACCUGCCUUUUAAGUGCAAAAGAUGUAAAAGAGGAUUUAGGCAGCAGAAUGAACUUAAGAAGCACAUGAAGACCCACAGUGGAAGAAAAGUCUAUCAGUGCCAGUAUUGUGAAUAUAGCACGACGGAUGCGUCAGGCUUUAAACGACACGUAAUAUCAAUACACACGAAAGACUAUCCACAUAGGUGUGAGUAUUGCAAAAAGGGAUUCCGUAGACCUUCUGAAAAAAAUCAGCAUAUAAUGAGGCACCACAAAGAGGCCAUAAUGUAAUAAAUGAUCUCCAGAAGGAAGCAAUUUAGAAACUGUGAUAUGCUAAUUGGGGACAAAAAAAAAAUAUCUCAUGAACUGUUUCUCCUGGUUUCAAAGCUUGAUAUUAAAUCAUAACUUUACAUUCUUUGUAUUAAAAGUCUUAAAAGUAUUAGGGUUGACAGGGAUCUCAUAGCCCUAUGAUUGUUGCUUAUCAGAACCUAAAGAGCACUAGAGAAUGCGGAAGGAUGGAUGAAUGUCUUAAAUUUGCAGAACGAUGGAUGAAUGUCUUCAGAUCAAUAGUAUUACACGUUGUUAAGCUGUAGAAGACAAAAGGAAGCGGAUUGUGUUACCCAUUGUGUCCGUAACAGCACUUGUCUCCAAUAUGAAAACAGGUCAGGUAUAUGGUGGGAUUGUUUGCAAAGGCAACCGAGUCCAGCUGCGUGUGCAGUUUGAGAGUCUUAGUCAGUCACUUGAUCAUAAUGUUUUUAAAUAGUGCCUGGAAGUUAAAUUCCAGAAGUGGUCAGAUUUGGGGGGAUUGUCUGGGGUUUUGUUGGUUUGGUUUUGCUUUUCUUUUUUUUUAACAUUUCAUUAGGAAACUGUUGUGUUUCCUUUAUUAGUUUAGGUCCAACAAGAAUUUUUUUUCAUGGUUUUCAAAGCUGCUAACCUAUUUUAUUGCAGGAUCUGAUGUUUAAAACACAGCAUUACGUUAUGAUCUCAAAGGUGGUGUUCUGGUGCUAGGAUUUAAGAUGUGUAUGUAUAUAAUUUCCCUUUUUUAUCUGAACCUACAGUUGAAUGUUGUUCAGUAUGGCACAUAUAACAAAGUGAACUUUGAAUUUGACGUUUUUGUUUUUAAGGAUAAAAUGAAUGCAGCUCGUAGUGUUGUGAUCAACACUAAUUCUUUUUCUCGCUACUUUAAAAUCUUCUCUAAAGAGAAUAUUUAAAACAAAGUUGAAAAAAGUAGGGGUUUUUUAAUUAAAAUUCAGAGUACUUAGAAGUUCCUUAGGGCAGUGUUCUUAACAGGUAUGACUAUUAUCGUCCUACCACCUAAUAUGAAAUUUUCAAUAUAGACAUACAAUUGCACCUUUUAAUCAAUUCUUAAAAAAAAAAAAUCUAUACCAUACUAUAAACGUGCAUUUUCAAUCUGUAAGAAAGUAUAUAUGCAGUAUUUAACCAGAAAAACAUGCUGCCACUAGAGUUUGGAGGUGGAUCUUGAGUUUACAGUGUAUACAUUUAAAAUAUGCAUCCCUUUAAACCAAGCUUUGUGUUAGCAUGCUGCAAAUCAAAUGGCGCUUAAUAUAACAAGCUGGUCUAGGGCUAUUUAAUGAAAAACCUGUUCAUAAAUGUUAUGCAUAUAAUGUGUAUUUUUUACUUUUUUAGUUGCUUCAUGUUUGCACACAGCUGUUCACAUGAUAAAUUGUACCUUCAUGCUAUAUUGUGGCUUUGUGUUUCAGAUAAUGUUCAUGUUUUGUUUUUGCACCAGAUGAGAAUCAGUUCUUUGAGAAUAAAUUUUUUUUUAUAUUUCUAAACUUCAGAAAGUUAAAUUUGGGAAAUCUCUUAGAAAAAUACGUGUUUUAUGUGGCUGUAAAAAUGAUGUACACGCUGUAAAAUAAGAUUGUCACUGUUAUGUGGGAUUAUUAUUUCUAAAUGUGUUACUCAUCGUAACGGGCAUACAAUAAAACGCAUCUCUUGCACUCCAAA